UGUCAAAUGUAUACUGUACUAUUAGGGUUUAAAACCAUUUAGACUUGUUAUUUGGUUUGGUAACAGGGUUUUGACACUCAAAAGAAAUGCUAAAUGAAAUGUUACAGAAUGUAACAUUUAUUCUGACCUUCUGAGGUGGACAAAUAACAUUUCCUUAAGCACCUUUUCUCCAACUAAAAUGAUGAUUUAACAAAAUGUUCUUAAAGACUUAACUGUGUUUUAAAAACCCUGUCAAUGCAGUGCAAAUAUCUGGCAGGAGGGAGUCACCUGAAACAAUACUGAACUGAAGUUUUUUUAGUUUUAUGUCUAGGUGUAAAAAUAUAAACUGCAAACUUGACAUACCACACAGGUAUUAGCAAAAUAUUGAUAAAAACUCAUCCACUCUUUGAACAAUAGGGCUUAGUAUUUUUGCAUGCGUCUUUUUGUCUCCACAAAGCUCAUCCAUGAAGGGAUGGUAUGGUUAUAAACCUGUCAAGUUUUCUGGCCGUCUCACCGACUGGGACCUCCAAAGCCACAAAGCAGAACAUGGGGCCUAGAUGCAUACGCUGCGAGCCAACCACAUGGUCCCGAGAGUCCCGGGGCACAUAAUAAAAGCUGAGCCACAGAACCCCCCGAGCCCCUCAGUAUGGUACAAGGUGACUACUACGGCCUCUGUAUGCUAUUAAGUUGUCUAAUGUUGGCCUAACAUAACAUAACUUUUCUCGAUUUGUUCAGCCAAAUUUCAUUUUUACAUGUUUGUGUUCGUCUGUCUAGACUUAUGGUUAUUGGUUGUAUAAAUGGGUCCUGUAGGAACGCAGUAAACCAGAACAAAUCUCUGGGAUAACAGGCACACUUGGCCAAUAAAGCUUCUAACUUUUUUACAUUGAAUAAGAAGUCUGCCUGUACAAAUGGUGCAGCAGCUGAAGUUGGUGAUCCGACUUUGCUCAAAUAUAAAAAAAAUAACUUUGUUUUAUACUAGCAUUAGUGUAUAUAGAACUAAACUACCAUAGUACAAAAAAUACUUUAUCAUUUUGUUGUACACAACAGAAGAUAUUUUGAAGAAUGUAGGAGAGCAAACAAUUAUUGGGCACUUUUGACUAACAUUGUAAUUUUCCUCACUAUUGUAGUCAAUAGGGUCCGAAAACUGUUUGGUUACAAGCAUUCGUCCAAAUAUCUUUCUCCAUGUUCAACUGAACAAAGAAAUGUAAACGGAUUUCAGUAAAUCAUGACAGACAUUUCAUUUUUGUGUGAACUAUCCCUUUAAUGUGUUGUAGUCCAGCUCUAUGAUGCUGUCAGCAAAUACGUAAUGCCUGGUUUGUAUCUUGCCAAAUGUUGUUCUUGUUAUGAGCAAGAUUUAGAAACUUCCCUAAAUUGCAAAUAAAGCGCAUUUACACGUCGACUGUAUACAAAGAAAGGUUUCUGACCAUUCACAAGAUAUAAGCUUCAUUUAAACUUUGACCCAGCCACACCCGAUCACAACUGUUAACUCUCUGCUGACACCACGUGGACCAGCAUGCAAUGCGCAGCGUGUGAGUUUUAAAACCAAAGACGUUCCAAAAAAACUAAUGGUGUGUUUGCGUUUGAGGGUGUUUAUUAAUGUGUCCAUUUCUAUUUGACAGAUCCUUAAAAAACAAGAACAAAAAUUUGUGUUAAAAUGGAUAUACUCAGAAAAUGUGUUAAAUAAGCACAGUCAAUAAAAAAGCAACGCAAAGUGCCGUUUUGAAAUCAGAAAAUCCAGUUUGCAUAAAUACGCGACUUAAAUGUGUUCUUGAACUUAGUGAACUGUACCUUUAAGGCACGCUGCCGCUGUUCCCGGCCAUUCUCGCGGUUCUUCGAUGCUUGGCAACGUGCAUGCGUGUGUGGCUACGUCGACCAAUGAAAUCACCGCCAGCUGCAGAGCUCAACCAAUCAGAAUCCAAACUUUCUGUGCACGUUUGAAAUACGCUAGUUUGUUUCUCACCUGAUUUAACACAAAACAAACAAGGAACUGCGGCGCAUUCAAAAGCAAAACACGCAUAAACAAAAUCACAAACUUCACGAAAGUUCAACGAUGCCAUCGAGGACUGAAGACUAUGAGGUGAUGAUCACUAUAGGAUGCGGAUCUUAUGGGAAAUGCCAGAAAAUCAAGAGGAAGUCCGAUGGAAAGAUUCUAGUGUGGAAGGUGUUGGACUAUGGCACCAUGGCAGAGGCGGAGAAACAGAUGCUGGUGUCAGAGGUCAAUCUGCUCCGUGAGCUCAAGCACCCAAAUAUUGUCCGAUACUAUGACCGAAUAAUAGACCGGACAAACGCAACGUUAUAUAUAGUAAUGGAAUACUGCGAGGGUGGAGACCUCGCCAGCCUCAUCAACAGAAACAUUAAAGAGAGACGUUACCUGGAGGAAGAAUUCAUUCUGCGAGUUUUGUCCCAACUGUCCCUGGCAUUAAAAGAGUGUCACGGUAGAAACAACGGUAGCAGCACAGUUCUGCAUCGUGACCUGAAACCCGCAAACAUCUUCUUGGAUGUCAAACAGAACGUGAAGCUUGGUGAUUUUGGUUUAGCUCGGAUACUCAACCAUGACACCAGUUUUGCUAAAACAUUUGUAGGGACUCCAUACUACAUGUCACCGGAACAGGUCAAUCGCAUGUCCUACAAUGAAAAAUCAGAUAUAUGGUCUUUGGGAUGUUUACUUUAUGAACUAUGUGCUUUAUCUCCCCCGUUCACAGCAUACAACCAAACUGAGCUGGCGGGAAAAAUCAGAGAAGGAAAGUUUCGCAGAAUCCCGUACAGAUACUCUGAGGAUCUGAACACACUUCUGACGAAAAUGCUCAAUUUAAAGGACUACCUGAGGCCUUCGGUGGAAUCCAUCCUUCAGAACAGCUUGAUCUCUGCUCACGUGGCUCUGGAGCGGAGAAGACUCCAGGAGAAGCAGCGGCGCAGGUCGGCAGACGCGGAGCAGCCCGGACAGACAGAGGUGGAGCUGCGGCUGAAGGAGCAGGUCCUGCGUGAGCGUGAGCAAACACUCAAAGAGAGAGAGCUGCGACUGGAGCAGAGGGAACAGGAGCUUUGUGUCAGAGAGCAGCAAACGAAUGAAAAGCUGGCCAGAGCCGAGAGCUUGUUGAGAGCCUGUAACCUGAUGCGCCAGCAGAGGGCGCCAUCUGUAAUCGUUGCUAGUGAUACAGAAAAUGAAGAGAACUUGUCCCCGGGAAAGAAACGGGUCCACUUUGCAGGUGAUGGUAAAGAGAACAGCCAACCUGUCAAAACUCAAGAACAUUCUCAGGUGAAGAGGCAUCAGUGGGCUAACAUGCCAGCCCAGGCUCUUGGUGAAGAGGACCGGCUCCACCCAACAAAGCCCAGAGAAAUGCAGGGCAUUCGCUAACCUCACAUACAUCAAAUAUGAGCAAAAUACUACUGAUAGUAAAGAGGCUUUUUAGCAAUGUACAUUAGCACAUAAUAUUACGCAUUUUAUUUAUUUUGUACAGUACAGUGCAUAGUUCAGUGUCUUAACUAUUAUUUAAUGUGUUUUUUGAUGGACAAUUGUAUAUGAUGCCCUGUUUUUUUAUCUAAAUAAAAACAAUACGUUGUCUCG